UUUCACCUUUUGUUGUAAUCCCGUUGAACACUUUAUUUGCUUUCGGUAAUUCGGUUAGACUGUUGUAAGGCGUAGAAUGGCGGGUGGUUGGAGCUGUGCCCAGUCCGACACCAUGACCACCAUUUUCGCCCCCGUCAUGACCGCGCGCUACGCACAUGCCUACAGUCCACAGAUCAGCCUUGCAUGAUGGAGAUCGUGGAGUGUUUGUGAGUGACGGAGGGAGUUCCUAUCUAAAUGCAAUCAGAGAGACACUCUAUGUGCGUUCCACCGUGUUCACGCUCGCGUUCCAGAGCUCGAUCGCCGGCGGCGAUCAAGAACUCGAUCAGCAGCCACCGCCGGCCGGUUCUAUCAGCCAGGAGGAGCCAAAACAUUCGAUUGUUGUCUAAAUAGAUUCUUGCUUCACUUUGAACUUUUAAGUCGCUUUCAUCCCUCCUUUUGAUUCUUGUUGUCACUCCAUGCUUGUAGUGUGUAACCAUUCCAUUUCCUCCGUCUCACCACCUCUGUCCCUCUCUCCUGUAUAUAAACACCAGCGAACGGCGGCACCUGACGCCCCACAAGCAGACACUGCAGCUCAUCACCUGUGUGAGGCCGCCAUCACCGGCGUGGGGAACAGGAUAGUAGGUGGAAUUUGGAGAUGAUGAUAGGGUGGGGCGACGUGUACAAGGUGGUGGCGGCCAUGGCGCCGCUCUACUUCGCGCUGGGGCUCGGCUACGGGUCGGUGCGGUGGUGGAAGAUGUUCACGCCGGACCAGUGCGACGCCAUAAACCGCCUCGUCUCCUACUUCGCCGUGCCCUUCUUCGCCUUCGACUUCGCCUCGCGCAUCGACCCUUUCUCGCUCAGCUACCGGGUCCUGGCCGCGGACGCGCUGUCCAAGCUCGCCGUCGCGCUCGCUCUCGCUGCCUGGGCCACCGCAGCCGCCGCCGCCGCCGCCGCGCGCCCUGGCGGCGGCAAAGGCAAGGACAGGGCCUUGUCGUGGUGCAUCACGGUUUUCUCGCUUGCCACGCUCAACAACACGCUCGUCGUGGGCGUGCCGCUCCUGGACGCCAUGUACGGCAAGUGGGCGCGCGAUCUCAUCGUGCAGAUCUCCGUGGUGCAGUUCAUCGUCUACUUCCCGGCUUUGCUGCUCGCGUUGGAGGCCAGGCGCGCCGGCAAGAUGGCCGCCGCCGCCGCGGUGGAACCUGCAGGUGACGACGUUGACGAAAGCGGCGGCGGCGGAUCGGGUGGCGAGAUCACGGCGGCUCAUCAGUCGUCGUCGUUCUGGCCGCUGGUCAGAGCGGUCGGGACGAAGGUGGCGAGGAACCCGAACAUCUACGCGGGCAUUCUUGGCGUCUCGUGGGCUUGCGUCACCAACAGGUGGCACAUCGAGACGCCGAGCAUCAUCGAGGGCUCCGUGCUCGUCAUGUCCAAGACCGGCGUUGGCCUCGCCAUGUUUAGCAUGGGGCUGUUCAUGGCGCUGCAAGAGAAGAUCAUCGUCUGCGGCGCCGGGCCGACCAUGCUCGGCAUGGCGCUGCGGUUCGUGGCAGGGCCGGCUGCCACCGCCGCCGGGGCCGUGGCUCUCGGCCUCCGCGGCGACGUCCUGCGCCUCGCCGUCAUGCAGGCCGCGCUUCCGCAGUCCAUCACCACGUUCGUGUUCGCCAGGGAGUACGGCCUGCACGCGGACGUGCUCAGCACGGCGGUUAUCUUCGGGACGUUGGCGUCACUGCCCGUGCUGAUCGUCUACUACAUUGUUCUAGGCUUGAUACGGUGUUAAUUAAUUAUACUGUAGUCCUGAAGCAAGUAGAGUUGCCUUCUUUUUUUUUUCCAGUGAUGUACCCCUAGCUUGUCGUCAGCAAGCAAUUAGAUUAGCUGCUAAUCAUCAAGCUUGUGUGUUUGCUCUUCUGUAACAAAUAAUUAAUGGCCACUACUGUGCCUGAUUCCAUGAGGGCCGCACUAGUGAUUUCUGAGCACUGAACAAAAGAUUUUCAGUCAGGUGAGUGGAAGCAGAACCACAUGCUUCAUUUCUCU